AUGAGUUCAUACCAUGUAGAUAAUAUGACAGAAUCGCCAGUUCUAUAUUUGCUUGAUCUAAAAAAUAACUUAUGGAAUAAGUUUUAUGAAACUUAUCCAAAUAGUAUGAAACGAACCACCUUUAUGACACGACUGCAGGAAUGUACAAACCUUAAAUACCAUGAUGAUCUUGUACCAGAAUCUACAUGGACAAUACCAAUAAAUACAGAGUCUAUUGAAGACGAUAAUGAAGAAGGUAAUAGAGGGGGAGCGAGAAUAAAAAAAAAUAUAAAAGCCAUGUUAGAAUGUUUCUUUUUAAAUGGAAACAGAAGAAAUAAAGAUAAAAUAAGUACACAAGAUAUGCAUUAUGAACUUCUGAAAUUUGUUGAAAUUGGUGAAAUAGAAAAGACAGAUAUCCCAAAAAUUGACACGAUUCAAAAUUGGAUAG